UGUUGCGUUGCGGCUGCGCUGAUACAAAAUACAAGAUACAAAACUCGUGCGCGGCGCUUCAAGAAACCAACUCAAAAGCAGACAAAUCAAAUUACUAACUUGUGAAAAAUAUCCAACAUAAACAGAAUUUCUCAAUUCUAAUCCUAAAAGAAGAAAUUACAAACACGAACUGCAUAUUUUUUUCAAGUUUUUUUUCAACCACAAACCAUUGGGAAUUUUUGGAAUACCUAAGCUUUAAAGCCAAAGAAGUGUGAAAAUUAUUAAGUGAACCAAAAAAAAAAAAAAAAGUGCUAUCUGAAUUAAGUUAUCUGACAAAGAUCGAAAAACAUAUAUACUAAACCUAAAACAUAUACUAAACACCAAAAAGCCACCAAAAAUCGUUUUUAAAAAGGAACCAAAACUCAAACAGUGCGAAAUCCGAAGUUGGAAUGCCGUCGCAACUUUUGAACACAAUUUCACAACUAAAUAUCCACUAAGCUCAGUUGACUAGCCUUUGGAAAGAUGCUCGCCGCACAGCAGCAACAGCAGCAGCAGCACAACAACAGCACAGCGGAAUCGGAAAUGGAGCGCCAGCGGCGGGACUCCACCACAUCGGAGUCCUCGCUGGAGCACCUGGAUCUGGGCCGCACGCCCAAGAAGCUGGGCGGCAACAGUGGCGCCACACAGACCACAUCCACGCCACACGAGCUGACGACGGUGGCGUCGUCGCGCAAGCGUAAACUUCGCCAUUUGCAACUGAAUCACCAUCAACAGCAGCACUCGGAACUGCUGAGCGAUGAGGACGAGUCGGCGGCGGCGGAGGAGGAGGAGGACGAAGAGGAGGAUGAUGACCAGUUGACCGCCUUAGGAUCGAGAAGUCUGGGACGGCACAAGCAGCGGCGCAGUGGUGGCGCCUCCACCCAGGCCUCCAUUGUGGUGGACUACAGCAGUGGCGAUGCCAGUUCGCUGCGCAAGAAAUUCCGUCUGAAUCGCUCGGCGGCCAGUCUCUCGGAGUCGGGAUUCGUGGACGCCAGCAGCACCACUGGCCACAGUGGCUAUCUGGGUAACAGCAGCAGCAGCACAACCAACACAACUGCCACCAGCGGUGUGGGUGUGGGCACUGCUGGCGCAGUGGCUCCCUCGCCAGUCGGCGGAGCAGCGAUCACGCCAGCAUCCAGCAGCAGCAGCAGUGGCAGCAGCAGCGGCGGAUCCGGUGGCUCCUCGCCCCAGGGCCUGUGCCUGUCCAGCGGCGAGUCGGGCAUCGGUGCCGGCGACGAGCAUAUGAAAUACCUUUGCCCCAUCUGCGAGGUGGUCUCGGCCACGCCGCACGAGUUCACCAAUCACAUCCGGUGCCACAAUUACGCCAACGGCGACACGGAGAACUUCACCUGCCGCAUUUGCUCCAAGGUGCUAUCCUCGGCUUCAUCCCUGGACAGACACGUGCUGGUGCACACGGGCGAGCGGCCCUUCAACUGCCGCUACUGCCACCUGACGUUCACCACCAAUGGCAACAUGCACCGCCACAUGCGCACCCAUAAGCAGCAUCAGGUUGCACAGUCACAGUCGCAGCAGUCGCAGUCGCAGCAGCAGCAGUCGCAGCAGCAACAGUCACAGCAGCAGCGGCGACAGCAGCAACAUCAGCAGUCGCAGCAGCAGCAGCAGCAGAAUCCCGCCCAGCAGCAACUGGUGGCCAGCGCGUUAUCCGGACGAGCGGAGAGCUACGAGAGCGAUGCCAGCUGCUCCACGGACACGUCCAGUGGACAUAGUCACAGUCGCAGCAGCAGUUCCCUCAACCACAACAAUAACCACAACCACAACCACAACAACAACAACAACUCGCACAAGACUAACAACAACCUGAAGGACGUGGAGGAGUUGGAGCUGCCGGCCGAGGAUCAGGACUCGGAGAGCAAGCAGCGUCGCCUGAAGACCACCAUCAACAACAACAUCAUUGACAGUGAGCAGCAGCAGCAGGAGGAUAUGGACGACGAGGAGGAGGCCGACGAUGCGGACGUGGCCAUGCUAACCAGCACACCCGAUGUCGCCACACUUCUGGCCGGAGCCAGUGCAUCCGGCGCCGCCUCGCGCUCCCCCUCACCAUCGCCAUCCGCCUCGCCGGCCCUGCUGCUCAGCUGUCCCGCCUGCGGAGCCUCCGAUUUCGAGACCCUGCCCGCUCUGUGCGCCCACUUGGAUGCGCGGCACUCGGACAUACCCGCCAAGUGUCGCGACUGCGAGGUGAUCUUCGCCAGCCAUCGUCAGCUGCAGGCGCACUGUUGCCGCUUGCCCGCCGCCCUGGGCGGUGUCCUACCGCCGCUACUGGGUGCCAGCAGUUCGCCAUUGCACAACGAGGAGCCGGAGGAUGAGGGGCACGUGGACGAUGAGGAGCUCGAGCAGAAGGACAGAAUAGCGUGUCAGAGCGAGGACUUUUUCCAUCAGCUGUAUCUGAAGCAGAAGACGGCCAAUGGUGGCGGCGGGGCCAUCUCGCAUCCGCCGUCGCCCAUCAAACACGAGCCGGCGGACAGCAAGGAUCUGGCCGACAUCCAGAGCAUCCUCAACAUGACCAGCUCCAGUUCCAGUUUCCUGCGCAACUUCGAGCAGUCGGUGAACACGCCCAGCUCGAGUCAGUACAGCCUGGACGGCCGGGAUCAGGAGGAGGAGGCCCAGGACGCCUUCACCUCGGAGUUCCGUCGCAUGAAGCUGCGCGGCGAGUUCCCCUGCAAGCUCUGCGCCGCCGUGUUCCCCAAUCUUCGCGCCCUCAAGGGCCACAAUCGGGUGCAUCUGGGCGCCGUGGGUCCCGCCGGACCCUUUCGCUGCAACAUGUGUCCCUAUGCCGUGUGCGACAAGGCCGCCCUGGUGCGGCACAUGCGCACCCACAACGGCGAUCGGCCGUACGAGUGCGCCGUGUGCAACUACGCCUUCACCACCAAGGCGAACUGCGAGCGCCACCUGAGGAAUCGCCAUGGCAAGACCAGUCGCGAGGAGGUCAAGCGAAACAUUGUCUACCAUCCGGCGGAGGAUGCUGGCUGCGAGGAUGGCAAAUCCCGCCUGGGCGAAGACCUGGCGGACAUGAGUUUCCGCUCGAUCAGUCCCACGCCACCACCGCCGCCGGUGAACGAGAGCAGCUCCCAGCUGAAGCACAUGCUGCUCGGCGAGAAUCCCCUAGCUCCGGUCACCCAACAGCCGCCGCUGAAGAUCCAGGUGAAGAGCCUCGACCAAUUGGUGGACAAGAAGCCAGCUGCACCAGCUCCCCAGCAACAGCAGCAGCAGCAGCAGCAGGAGAAGAGUGGCGCUGCCCUGGACUUCAGCAUGGAUGUUUUGGAUCUCAGCAAGAAGCCAACUGGCGGCGCAUCACUGACGCCCGCUGUCACGCCCACACCGACGCCCGCUGCAGUUGCUCCAGUGGCGCCUGGCGGCGUUGGAGCACCUGAUCUGGCCGCCGCCAUUGAGCAGCAACAGUUGCUGCUCGCGCAGCAGCAACUCUUCGGCGCUGGCGGAGAGUACAUGCAACAGAUAUUCCGCAGCCUUAUGUUCCAAUCGCAGACGCCGGGAUUCCCCUUCUUUCCCUUCAUGGCACCGCCGCCGCCGCAAGCCAAUCCCGAGAAGCCACCGCUGGUGAGCCCGCCCAGCCGCCUCAAUCCCAUGCCUGUGGGCGUGGGCGUCGGCGUGCCAGUGCCACCCGGUGGUCCCGUCAAGAUGGUCAUCAAGAACGGCGUCCUCAUGCCCAAGCAGAAGCAGCGACGCUACCGCACCGAGCGUCCCUUCGCCUGCGAGCACUGCUCGGCGAGAUUCACGCUGCGCUCGAACAUGGAGCGCCAUGUGAAGCAGCAGCAUCCGCAGUUCUACGCCCAACGGCAGCGCAGUGGCCACCAUGUGAUGCGUGGCAGGGGUGCCUCCAGUGCCGCCGCCGCUGCUGCCGCCGCCGCAGCAGCUGCCGCUGCCAUGGGUCCGGGAUCCUCCGGUUCCGGCAGCAAUCACCAUCACGGCCAUGGCCACGGUUCCCAUGGACAUGCUCCCAUCUCGGAGCAGGUCAAGUACGCCAUACUGGCCCAGCAGCUGAAGGCGCACAAGAACACCGAUCUGCUGCAGCAGGCUUUGGCCCACGGCUCCAGCAGUGUGGCCGGCAAUCCACUGCUGCACUUCGGCUACCCACUGACCAAUCCCAGCCCGCUGCUCAAUGGCAGCCAGGGCAAUGGCCAGGCCACGGCCAUGGAUGACGACGAGCCCAAGUUGAUCAUUGACGAGGACGAGAACGAGCAUGACCAUGAGAUGGAAGCGGAGGCGGAGGACGUGGAUGACUUCGAAGAGGAUGAAGACGAGGAGGAGAUGGAUGAGCCGGAGGAUGAGCCGGAGCUGAUUCUAGACGAGCAGCCGGCCGAAAAGGAAGCCGAGGAGGAGCAGGAGCUGCCCAAGCCGCUCGACCUCUUGGCCUCCAAGGAGGCGGCGCAAAAAAUGGCCGAAACCAUUUUGGAGCAGGCCAUCAAGGCGGGCAAGCCAUCGACUCCCCCGCCCGCCAAGGAGAAUGCCCCGCCAGCCAAUCCCAUCGUGGCCACCACCAUGCAGGAGCCAGCCACCACUCCACCCAGUACCAAUGCCAGCAGUUUGAAAACGAUGAUCGCCCAAGCCGAAUCGGUGGGUAAGUCCCUCAAGGAAGUGGCCAGUUCGCCGUUCAAGGACGAGUCGCAGGACCUGGUGCCGGUGGCCAAGCUGGUGGACAAUGCCACCAGCCAGAACAUGGGCUUUAACAGCUAUUUCCGCCCCAGCGACGUGGCCAACCACAUGGAGCAGAGCGACGAGGAGGGCCUGGUGGCCUCCGGCAGCGCCAGCGAGAGCAACAACAGCGGCACCGAGGACGUCACCAGCAGCAGCUCCAGCAGCGAGCCCAAGAAGAAGUCCGCCUACAGCCUGGCGCCCAACCGCGUCUCCUGUCCCUACUGCCAGCGCAUGUUCCCAUGGAGCAGCUCGCUGCGCCGCCACAUCCUCACCCACACCGGCCAGAAGCCGUUCAAGUGCUCGCACUGCCCGCUGCUGUUCACCACCAAGAGCAACUGCGACCGCCAUCUGCUGCGCAAGCACGGCAAUGUGGAGUCGGCCAUGUCCGUGUAUGUGCCCACCGAGGAUGUGAGUGAGCCGAUACCCGUGCCCAAGUCCGUCGAGGAGAUCGAGCUGGAGGAGCAGCGGCGCCGCCAGGAGGCGGAGCGCGAGAAGGAGCUGGAGCUGGAGCGCGAACGGGAGUUGGAGCGGGAGCGAGAGCUGGAACGCGAGCGAGAGUUGGAGAAGGAGAAGGAGCGCGAGCGCCAGCAGCUCAUCCAAAAGCUGGCGGCUCAGAUGAAUGCCGCUGCUGCCGCUGCCGCCGUCGCAGCCGCCACCACGGCGGGCAAUGGCAGUGGAAGUGGAAGUGGCAAUGCAAGUGGAGCGAAUGGACCGGGACCGAUUGGAGAUGCCAUGGCUGGCGGAGAUCUGCCCUACAAGUGCCACCUGUGCGAGGGCUCGUUUGCCGAGCGUGUGCAGUGCCUGGAGCACAUCAAGCAGGCUCACGCCCACGAGUUCGCCCUGCUCGUGGCCAAGGGUGCCAUCGAGAACGAGCCGCUGGAGGCUAAUCCCCACCAGCUGCUGCUCCCAUCGCAGCAGCAGGCGGUGCACUCCGACGACGAGGCAGCGAAUGGCGGCAACAGAGGCAAGUAUCCGGACUACAGCAACCGCAAGGUGAUCUGCGCCUUCUGCGUGCGUCGCUUCUGGUCGACGGAGGAUCUGCGUCGCCACAUGCGCACCCAUUCCGGCGAGCGGCCAUUCCAGUGCGACAUCUGCCUGAGGAAGUUCACCCUCAAGCACAGCAUGCUGCGGCACAUGAAGAAGCACAGCGGCAGGGCCCACAAUGGGGAUACACCCGGCUCCGAUUGCUCCGACGACGAGCAGGUGAGCAGCCCGCCCAGCACACCGCUGCCACCCACUGUCCAGCACAGCAGCACGCCGGCCGGCGCCAACAACAACAAUAGCUGCCACAAUAACAACAAUAACACCAGCAACAACAAUAACAAUAACAAUGGCAGCUCCAAGCUGGGCCUGAAGCUCCACGACCUGCUGGACAAGGCCAGCGAGUGGCGGGCCAGUCGCCUGGGCGAGCACAAGGAGAACAUGGGCGAGGCCACGCCCUCGGGAGCAGCCGUCGCCGGCUCGGACCUGAUCGGCAAUCUGCUGGGCAUCAGCGACCAGGGCAUUCUCAACAAGCUGCUCUCCUCCGCCGACGAGGCGGCCAAGCUUCUGGGUGUGGACAACAAGUGAACUGAGCAGCUUGAGUGGAGCAACUUGGGUGGAGCAACUUGGGUGGAGCAGCUUGAGUGGAGCCACUUGAGUGGAGCAACCUAGAGCCAUAAAUUCGGAAGUAGCAGCAGUAGCCGCAGCUUAACACCGCCUUACAUAUACCAAAGCUUAAAUAGUUUUCAUUAAUGGUAGUCUAUUUAAAAAAACAAGAAAAACGAAGAAAAACCAAAACGCAAGUGAAAGUGAAAACCUGAUUAGAGUGUAAAACAGGAGUGCGUUUAAAAACAGCUCGAUUAUUUGAAUGUAGGAGUCACAGGCUCAGGAUAUACAGAGGGAGAAAAAAGGAGCUACAACUGGACACGCCUGUUUUGCAGAGUUUAUAAGCAUAUUUUGGGGAGACCUCUUAAUUUUUUUUUUUGUUUUUUUUGUUGCCAACCCCUAUGUUAAGCGGUCCAACCAACAAACCACAAGCUAAUCAAAAUCUUUGGAGACAAACACUAUUUUUUUGACAAUUUUUUUCCUAGCUAUACAAUUAAUUAUACAUAUUUUACAAUUAGCCGUAAGUAGCUGCAAUGACAAAAACAAAGCAAACACACAAAGAAAAACCCAAAAAAAAAACGCAAAAAAAAACACUGAAAACAACGAACAUUUGAGCAUGACAAGAAAAAGACUUGACACUGAAAAAAAAACAAAUAUACACACUUAAAAUAGUAAUAAAGUAAUAUACGUAUAAUGUACAUUGAAAGAGGCCUUGAGAACCGCAGUGUGGCUUAAACCUAGUUAUAAAGUGCAGGAUGCAGGAUGCAGAAUGCAGGAUGCAGGAUGCAGGAUGUAGGAUGCAAACGAAAUGAAACGAAAUUUUGCUGCUUGCAAGUAAGGAUAGUCAGGUAGUUGUAAGACUAGGCUUAGACACAUUUUUUUUUAAGGAUCCUAUUUAACGAAACUCAUUCAUUGCUGUAGCCUAUGAAAAACACAAACAAACACACACGCAUUGAAACACAUAUUAAACAUAUAGCUAUUUAAAUAUAUAUACGAAAAGAAAAAGCAUGAUGAUAUAAUUAAAUUAGUGGACUUCUUACAGCAAUAACCAAAGCAUUUCGCGUUUGUAGCGUUGUUUAAGCUAAACGAAAAUAAACGAAAUUACAUUUACCCAAUGCAUGCCUAUAUAUACACACAACAUAUUUAUAAAAACAAAAGACAAGCACACAGCAACUAUAUUAUAUGAAAUAUAUGGUUCUAUUUAAUGUGGAUGCAGCAGCAGAACUACUGAACAAAUUAAACUAUGUACUUAGCGAUUAUGAAUGUACUUAAAACUGUACUGUAAAAGUGUACUUAAUUGUAAACUCAGAAAGACACACGCAACGAGAAUGGAUUACAAAUUGAAUUCUAAUAAAAUAACGAUGAAAGAACAAAUAAUCGCUGGUGUUUUCAUUUUCUUUACAUUUUCUUUAUUCCUCUUAUUCAUCAACAUGAAUUCGUUACUUUAAAGGCAACGAA